AUGGAGUUGGCCAAUGAGACCACAGUUGAGGAAUUCAUUCUGCUGGGUUUGGGGGCUGGGCAGCAGAAGCGGUUCCUGCUCCUUAUCUUUUUCACUGGACUCUACGUGAUCACUUUGGCCGAGAACAUCACCAUUAUCAUGCUGGUACGUGUAGAUGCCCAAUUGGCCCGGCUGCCCAUGUACAUCCUACUCAGCAACUUCUCCUGGCUGGAGAUGUGCUACGUGUCCGCCACUGUCCCUCGCAUGCUCUUCGAUCUGGCUUUCCCUUAUGGCAUCAUCUCCUUCCAAACCUGUUUCCUCCAGUUCUACAUUUUCUUCUCACUUGGCAGCACUGAAGCCUUCUUCCUCUCUGCCAUGGCCUUGGAUCGAUACUUGGCCAUAUGCCAACCGCUACGCUACCCGCAAAUUAUGUCUCCAAAUUCCUGCUAUGCCUUGGUGGCUGCUUGUUGGGUCACUGGCUUCCUGUUGUACAUUGUCCCGGUGACGUUGAUCUCCAAGUUGUCCUUCUGUGGCCCCAAUGUCAUUGACCACUUCUUGUGUGAUCCUGGGCCCCUUCUAUCUCUGGCCUGCCCCCCACACACAAACAUUCCUUUUGUCUACCAGUUUGCCAUGAAUGUUCUGGUUAUCUUAGGCAAUUUAUUCUUUGUCCUGCUAUCCUACAGCACUGUAAUUUUCACACUGAUGAAAUCCUCUAGCCGAGAGAGUCGUAGGAAGGCCUCCUCCACCAUAUCUUUCCACCUAGUGGUGGUGACCCUGUUCUAUGGCUUGACUGCAGGGAUGUAUGUAAAUCCAAGUGGGCAAAGUCAGUCAGAGACUGCUAAAAUUAUAACAGUCUUCUACACAUCCGUUACACCUUUGCUUAACCCCUUGAUCUACUGUCUGAGGAAUGAUAAGGUGAAAGAGGCCCUGGGCAGGUUGCUGAAGAGAAAGGGGAGAUGGCCAAGGAGAAAGGUGGCAACGUAG